UUGAAUUUCUUCUAAUCAUGGAAAAAUAAUAUGCAACGUUUUCAGCAUUAAAAUGCGAAAUAUAAAUUCUCCAUGGGUUUCAGUCUUUUAGAAGUAAGCUUAAAAAAUGGCAGAAUUACAACAUGAAAACGUGAAGAUAAUUAAUAUUUCUGCAAUAAAGGGUAAAGGAUUAUUUGCAAGGAAGAAUUUAAAGAAAGGGGAGACUAUUUUUGAAGAAAAACCUUUGGUCAGUGCUCAGUUUUCUUGGAAUGAACUGUAUAAAUAUCUGGCUUGCGAAUAUUGUCUCAAGUCAUUGGAAACUUCUGAAAAUAUGGUAAGACGACUUACCAACAAUGCAGAAAUAACCUUACCCUAUCCAGAAUGCUGUGAUCAAGAUGUUACCCAAUUUGUAAACUGUCCCCAGUGUCAGAUACCUUACUGCAGCACUGAAUGUCUUGAUUUGGCAUUGAGCCAGUACCAUCAAGUUCUAUGUAAAGGUCAGUCGCAGGAGGAUGAAGCUCACCCACUAAAUAGAUUGCUUGAAACUUGGAGGUCCUUUCACUAUCCUCCAGAAACAACAAGUAUAAUGCUUAUAGCUAAGAUGAUUGCCAUGGUGAAACAGGCCCAGGACAAAGGAAAUAUAAUAUCUCUGUUUUCUGGCUUUGUGAAAGCAACUUUAAAUGAACAGGAACAUAUAGCCCAUAAAUUAUUGGGUAAACAGUUUCAGGUUCAAAGAGAAGUGUUGAGACAACAGUUGAGAGAAACACUUUUUGAAGAAGCUGUACAAGAGUGGUUCACUCCAGAAGGGUUCAACUCAUUACUAGCACUCAUAGGUACCAAUGGACAAGGCAUAGGAUCCAGUUCAUUUAGUCAUUGGGUGAAAAAUACAGAGAAACUUUGUUUGGGAGAUGCUGAGAAAAAACAAUUAGAUGAACUUAUAACCCAACUUUAUGAUCAAUUGGAUGAAGUAUCAGGAGAAUUUCUUGAUUGUGAAGGUUCUGCACUGUAUCUUUUACAAAGCUCUUGCAAUCACAGUUGUAGUCCUAAUGCUGAAGUUACUUUUCCUAAUGGCAAUCAUACACUUGCAAUGGUGGCUUUGCAGGAUAUCAGUCCUGAAGAGGAAAUUACCAUCAGUUAUCUGAGUUGUUGUGACCUUACAAGAAGCAGACAUAGUCGACAAAAAAUAUUAAAGGAGAAUUACUUAUUUACAUGUACCUGUGAAAAAUGUUUGUCUGAGGCAGAUGAUGCUAGUGUUACAUCAGAAGAAGACAUUGAUAGUGAUGAAAUGGAUGAAGAGGACACUAUGUGAUUGAUGUUCAUAAAACCAAAUGUAUUAAAGACCAUAGAAAUUCAA